AUUUUGAAUUCAAUAUUUCCACAGCCAUUACAAAUUUGACCAAAUGGAAAGAAGCAACGUUACAUUCAUGGUGGAAUUCAUUCUCCUGGGAUUUUCUGACCUUCCCAACCUCCGAAGUCUUCUAUUUGGAAUUUUCUUAAUCAUUUAUAUUAAUAUACUUGUAGGAAAUGGACUGCUCAUUGUUAUAACUAAGACAAGUCCUGCUCUUCAAACCCCCAUGUACUUUUUCCUUGGGAAUUUUUCUUUCUUGGAAAUCUGUUACACAUCAGUCACUCUCCCUAGAAUUCUAAGAGAUAUUUGGACUCAGAAGGGAAACAUCCCAUUCGUGUCCUGUGCUAUACAAACUUGCUCCCUUUAUGUUCUAGGAAUUGCAGAGUGCUUAUUCCUGGCUGUGAUGGCUUAUGACAGAUAUGUAGCCAUCUGUAAGCCUCUUUACUAUCCGCUCAUCAUGAAUCACAGGACAUGUGUCCUAAUGGUGAUUGUCUCCUGGAUCACAGCGAUACCAGCUCAGAUAGGUGUCACAUAUUAUAUUUUCUCUCUGAAGUUUUGUGGUCCUACCAAACUCAAUCAUAUUUUCUGUGAUGCCUCACCACUACUGGAGAUUGCCAUUGGGGACACAUAUCAGAGAGAGAUUGCUGUCCAUGUUAACACUUUCUUUUUUGUCAUAAUUCCCUUUCUCUUAAUACUCAUAUCCUAUUUCAGAAUCAUAACCACCAUCCUGAAGCUACCAUCGACUUCCGGGAAAUCCAAAGCCUUUUCUACUUGUUCUUCUCACCUCAUGGUUGUAUGUUUAUUCUAUGGGUCUGCUAGUAUUAUGUAUUUGCGACCCAAAUCCAUUCAUUCGGCUAAAUCAGACAAGAUUUUUGCUCUUUUCUAUACUAUUGUGACUCCAGUAUUAAACCCCAUAAUAUACAGCCUGAGGAAUAAGGAUGUGAUUGCUGCACUGAGAAAAUUGCUUCCAAAAUGA